GUAGAAACGGUCGCCAUUGUUUGAUGGCAAAUAUUUCUUUGUUGAUAGAUACAUUUCGGUCGAAAUAGUUUCAAUGUUUACUUAUUUGGUGAUAAAACUCGGCUAAUUUUAUAACUCGAACAAAAUGAGCUUUAAAUCCAAAGUUGUGGAGGGCGAAAAUGUCCUGGAUGAUAUUUUAGAUGACUGUCAUGGUGGAGAUGACUUUUCUUCUGAAAUGAAUGAGGAUUCAGAUAUUCAAUCAAGAAGUUUGCAGAGAGGAUUAAAAAGGCCUUCAACAACAGUAAAUAAGCAGUUUGAUGCCAGAUCAAAAAUCAUGAAAACUUCUACUGGUCAGGGCAAAUUAAAUGGUGACUCUCAAGAUUUAGAGGAUUCAGAAGAUGAUGAAGAUGAAGAAGAAGAUGAGGAUGAUGAUGAUGAAGAUGAGGAGGAUGAAGAAGAGGAUGGUGAUGAGGAAGGAGAUGAAGAGGAAGAGGAUGAUGAUGAAGAAGAUGAGGAAGAGGAGGAAGAAGAUGAGGAGCAGCCUGAUGGUGUUAAAAAGGAAAAGUUAGAUUUAAGUGCUAAUUCUGAAGAAGGCAAUACAGAACCAGGCGACAAAGUAGAUAGGAAGCGUCAAAGGGGUAUCUCUCCAAUUGAAUGGGACAGAAGAAGUGAAGGUUCCAAGAACAAGGCCAAAGAAGAAAGUUUAGGAGAUUUAGGUGAUAGUUCAUCAAAAGAUUGCAAAAGUAGAGACAAAGAGGAGGAUAGACAAUACUGGUCCAAGUUAAAGUAUCUUAUGAGAGGAGCCCGCUUCUUUUUAGUGAAAAGUAAUAAUCAUGAAAAUGUUGCAUUAGCUAAAGCAAAAGGUGUUUGGUCAACCCCACCACAAAAUGAAGCUCGAUUCAAUCAAGCUUUUAGGGAAUGUGACAAUGUAAUACUCAUAUUUUCUGUGAAAGAAAGUGGAAAAUUUCAAGGAUUUGCACGUUUGGCUGAGGAGUCCACUAAAGAUCAUCCCUCUAUACGCUGGGUUUUGCCCCCUGGAAUGACUUCACGUGCAUUAAGUGGUGUAUUCAAACUUGAUUGGAUUACAAGAAGAGAUCUUGAGUUUCCCAAAACUAAUCAUUUGUUCAACAUUUGGAAUGAUAACAAAAGAGUAAAAAUUGGCAGAGAUGGUCAGGAAAUAGAGCCAAGGUGUGGAGAGAGUCUUUGCAAAUUGUUCCCAGCAGAUGAAAAUCUUGACAUAGCAGACAUUGUACGGAAAGCAAGGAAAGGUCACAGUCAACCAGCAGAACGAGAUCUCAGGGAAAGAGCACCACGUGUUUUGGGCCCUAGGAGGCCAGCUAUGCCUCCUGGGCCUGAGUUUUCCAGAAGACGACAAAGUAGGGAUGAAUUUUUUGAAGGGCCCAAUCCAAGACCAUCUAAACGAAGUCGUGGCAACUAUGACAGAGAGCCUUUCUACAAAGAUCGCAGAAUGGAAAGGUCACCAAGAUAUGCAGGGGUGAGAAGAGACACUUUUAUAAAUGGGUCAUAUUCUGACUACAUGAGAGAAUUUAACCAAAGACCACCUCCACCGCACCCAAUGGCACAGUUUGGUCCUCCACCUGGAUUUUUUGAGCAAGGUGGUUUUGGUCCUCAGUUUGAAAGACCACCACGAGGAAAUUAUCCUAUGGGACCCAGUGACUUUGGCACAAGUAGAAAUGGAGACUCAAGCAGCAAACGUUCUUAUGAGAGAGAUGUGGAUGAUUUUCUACGACGAACUACACAUGGACUCAAUUCUAAGCAUAGAAGUAGGGAGGAAAGGAGGAGUGAGAGAGAUCAUGAACGUGUGCGUGACAGAGGCAGGGAACAUGACAGGGAACACAGAAGUGACAGAGAAUAUGAUAGAAGGGACCAUGAAAGAGAGAGGGAACGUGAGAGGACCAACAGGCAUCAUAGAGAGCGGCGAUGAUCAUUUUUUUCCCAGAGAUUUUUAUACUUUUGCAUUUCAUUUGUCAUAGCAGUCAUUAAAUUCGCCUCUCAUCUUUUACUUUUGUACAUAAAAUUGGGUUAAAAUUCCACGUUAUUGUAUCAAAACAUUAGCCUGAGCCUAUAAUUGUAAAAAAUAGAAUACUUGCUCACAUGGUUUAUCAGUGAAGGAUACACAUUAAAUUUCUUUUACAUAAAACAAAUACAGGUGCCACAUGUGAAAUGACCAGGGCCCAAUGAAGGAUGAUAUUCUUUACCAAGCUUUAAUGCUCAUGAAUCUGGUAACAGGUCUCACAAUAGUCACGAUUGUUAACAUCUAUGCAUUGAAACUUAACAGGGAAAUUGCUUGUGAAAGAGUUGGACAUGCAUACUUCCCCAACUUACCUUCCUACAAAAACUUAGACCCCUUACAGCUUCAACAACAUGUUCACCCCACCAACAUGUCGACACCCAACUUUUAAAUGGGAAGUGAAUGCUAUUGUGUAUUGCCACUCUCUAAUUGUGUCAAAUGUUUGACACAAUCUACACAACUAGGCCUAAACACCAGUCCUCUAUCUCUACCUGUUUCCAAGUUAGAUCUGAGCUUCUAAAAAUGUAUUUUCAUCAAUGUUAUCAAUAGCAUGGACUGAAAUAAUACUUA